CUACACCUCUUGUUUUAGGUUAGAUUUUGAUAGCAAGAUUAAAUGAUUCGGGUGUUUACAUGAAGCAGUUGGGUCCCCGUCGGCAUCUGCUAGCCCGACCCCAAGGGGCGGAGCUAGAAGUGAGUGGAGACCACCCGGACCGCCCUUCCUUCUCCCAGGUCGAGAAGGAUCUCUUGAAAGAAGACGAAGAGGAUCCCGUGACCCUUCUAUCCCUACUCAUGUCCGCCGUCUCUCUUUUCUCCUACACCAACGACAUCGUGUCUUCGGCUGUCGUCUGUUACAUGCUCUAUGGCAAGUGGUGGUGGUGGGUCAGCCUCGUCCCUCUUUGCCUGUCUUUGUUGGUGGUGAACAUUUUCAGCAUUCGAUGGUACAUCCACGAUUUGUACGAGCAAAAGGAUCAUCUGCUGCCAGCAUCUGGUUCGCACUGGAUAAUUAGGCUGACGUUCCACGUGACGCUUCUUGGUCCAAUCAUUCGGUAUGCGGAGUUGUUCCUGUAUGGGCUCCACGCAGUCGACAAGAAGGACCCGAACCGAGAACAGUUCGUGCUGUUGUUUCUGCAGGAGGACCGUGACACUGCCCUUCUUAGUCUGGUGGGCAGCUUCAUCAAAUCUUCACCGCUGCUCGUGCUCCAAAUGUACAUCUUGACCCAGAACAGAAUACCCAUCGACGACUCCACCACACGUGCCCAGGCAGUGAGUUUAGUGUCUUCCCUGGUUGAGUUGUCCCUGUCUCAGUGCUCUUACCACCGUGCCCUGCGCCGAUCCACACCCUUGAAACACAACAUGACCCGUCUUGGAGCAUUAGUUCAAUUCCUCAGCCACUGCUGCGUCAUAGCCUCCAGAGUGCUGGCACUGGCAGCCUUCGCCAGUGAAUACCGCAGCUGGAUGCUGGUCGUUGUUGCUUGCCACUGGCUCCUCAUGAGCUUCUGGUUGGUCGUCCAAAGCACGGACGUCUGUGCGACGGCCACGGGACGUCCGAGGCUGCUCGAGGAACUCGUCUUCAACUUUGUGGUCGGUGUCAUUUACAUCUUCUGUUUCGUGAAUGUCAAGGACGAACCCACGAGGUGGAAGUACACAUUUUAUUACUUCAUCAUCUGGAUUGAAAACAUAACCUUGUCUACUCUAUGGUUCAUUAAAGCUGAUCCGGAUCUUUGGUUCCGGAUUCCCCUGCUCUCCGUCGUGAUGGUCAGUCUCUUGGCCGGACUUCUGUUGUUGGGCGCUUACUACAAGUUUCUCCACCCCAACAAGAUCUGGCAGAAGCUCCAAGUGGUUAGAGCCGCAUAUAUCACUUCUGCAGCACAGCGGAGAAAGAGAUCUGCAUCGAUAACGGAGAGCGGAAGACUUUCUCCAAUAUCUGAUGAAUAAACCAUCUGCUGUUGCUCUUGUUUUGCGCCGUUAGCUAGCUACAAGAGGUCAAACAUUGAAUGCAACGAGAACACGAGCUCUCAUUCGUUAGAGAAAGAUCUGACAUCACCAAAAUAAACAUAGAAAUAAAAUCAAAGACGAUAUAAUGUCUUCGGUCUGUGUCCGAGAGAUUUUCGAUGAUAAGGGUUGAAUCACCGCUCGUGUAACUUUGUCCCCAGUUCCCAAUAUGCUAAUUAAAACUUUCGAUUUUUGGGGAACCGCUGUUCAUUUUCCCAACACUGUCUGGCUAUACAUUUUGGACUCUGUUACGAAUAGAAUAAACAAGCUAUUGUAAUGAAUCCAUUAUUUCGGAAAGAACAAAAUUCCCACUAACGAAACUGUUCAGUAUUCAAUAAAAAGUGUUCGUUUCAUUCGUAAAUGAACUCAAUUCUACAAGAAUUUUAAGAAUAAUCCAGCCAUGAGUAGGAUAAUUACCUCACCUUAAAUUGCGUUUCAGUUCGUUACUGAAAUUAAUUUCUUUUUUACAAAAUUUGGACUUAUGCUUCUUUUGUUAUUAAUAACUUGAAGUCCAAUUUAGAGUGAAGAAA